UCGAUGAAGUGGCAGGCAGAGAAGCAAGAGGAGGAGGAGGAAAAUCUCACGAGAUAAUGAAAGAAAAAGAGAAGUGCCUGUAACCGAGCGAAAACACGGAGCGUGGACCCGGAGACUGUCUUAGGAGUAAAAACAAGAGGAGACCUAGAUAUUUACCCGAAACCGCAGAUGUUGUUUUCUUUUUUUCACAAUUUUUUGUGCUGGUUUUUGGUGGAUGUGCUACCCCGGGGCGCAGCGGACCAAUUGUGUGAAUCUGUAGGUCUGCUCGGCGACACAGUCGGAGAGAUGCACAGGGCGGACAGCAGCCGUGGUUGCGCCCUGAGAAGCGGAUAAAAUAAAGGCACAAAAGCGAUCGAGACACCAGCCGGAGACCCCAGCAGAGCACCAAAGACACAAACAGAUGCACAAGUGAGAAUAAAAUAACCCGCCAGGAUCUCCAUGCUGUACCAAGCUCAUUUUCUGAGACUUUGAGGGAGUUUGAAGACACUACUUAAUGUUAUCAGAUAAUUAAUUAGACAAUCCGUAAGCCCGGAAAUCAAUUAAUUCACAAAUCAAUAAAUCCAUAGUCUAGUGUAACAAGAGACCUUACAGAUUGUUGUCCUGGCUGUUGAACAACAAUAACAAAGAUAGAGCAACAGCAAACAGAAGCAAGAAACACACAUUUAUUUGCUGAAAUUGAAGAUGGAUGGAGGUCUAGGGGAGAUGUCCCUCCACAGCCACUCUGAGCUGGCCCACAGCCAGGACGGCAGGGCCAUGCUGCACUCCCGGGACCUUUCAGCAGCAUUCCCCAGGCCUUCCCUCGGGGGCUCCGGCAUGUCUCUGGAACCCGAGCCCCGUCCGUCGGGCUUCGACCACUCCAUGUCGGCGCUGGGCUACAGCGGCGACUCCCCGUCCAGCUCGGGCAGCACCUACACCACCCUAACCCCCCUGCAGCCGUUUGACGACAAAUUCCACCACCACCAUCACCACCAUCACCCCUGCCUCCCGGUCAGCAAUGUUAUCGGCAGCUUCACCCUCAUGCGGGAGGAUCGAGGCCUCAGCACCAACUUCUACAACCCUUAUGGAAAGGAGCUAGCCAUGACCCAAAGCCUGACACCCCCCACCACAGGUUCAGGCCUGGGCACCUCCAUGCAUGGCUACAGCAGUCUGGGAAACAGUCCCAAUGGCAAUGGUGGACAGAUGCUCCACAGCGGCUAUGAUGUCCAUGGGGGGAGUCUCUUCUGCCGGGCAUCAGAUUUUGGCAGAGAGAUGUCACCACCAGGCCUGGGAGUUGGCGAUGUGUCCGUUGGACAUCAGCUGAACAAGAUAGAGGCUCACCAGCACACACCUAACCACCACCCUCACAUCUACAGCCAGCACUACCAACCUCACCAUCACCCAAGCCAGCAAUCAGCCAAAAUGGGCGAACACAUGCAUUCCUCGUCGCCCGCCUCAUCCUCACCCGGCGAGGGCAUGCUGCCGGGCUCGCAGGGUGGCGGAGGCGGGGAAGAGAUCAACACCAGGGACGUGGCCCAGAGGAUCAUCACCGAGCUGAAGCGCUACAGCAUCCCCCAGGCCAUCUUCGCAGAGAGGGUCCUGUGUAGGUCACAGGGCACGCUGUCUGACCUCCUGAGGAACCCCAAGCCCUGGGGCAAGCUCAAGUCUGGCCGCGAGACCUUCAAGAGGAUGUCUCGCUGGCUGCAGGAGCCCGAGUUUCAAAGAAUGGCCUCACUUCGGCUGGAGGCCUGCAAGCGCAAGGAGCAGGAGCAGAGCAAGCUGGAGCGCAACCAGGGCCCGAAGCGUACCCGGCUGGUGUUCACAGACCUGCAGCGGCGCACGCUCAUGGCCAUCUUCAGAGAGAACCAUCGCCCCACCAAAGAACUGCAGGUCACUAUCUCCCAGCAACUGGGCCUGGAGCUCUCCACCGUCAGCAACUUCUUCAUGAACGCCCGCCGGCGCAACCUGAACAAAUGGACCGACGAGGGCCGCCCCUCUUCCACCGGCUCCUCGGGCUCCAACGUGUCCUCCUCCGCGGUGUCCUGCAGCACCGCGUGAUGAUGGGCUGUCCUGGAGGUGCGUUGGGGAGGGCGCCUAGGGAGCAAAGGGGGCACAUAGACUGGUCUAGGUGGAGAUCAGGCGGUACAAAUGUCCUCGUUAUCAGAAGGAGUGACGGAGCUGUUGCAGAUGAUUUUAUGAAGCAUUUUCCCUAACCAAAGUCGACUGCCUCUUUGAAAUGGAAGGAGGCAAUGCUUAGAGUGAUAAAAUUGCAGGACGUGAGGUCCUGCUUGUAUAGUCAAGGGUGUGAAGAAGAUUAACACCCUCACAUAGACACCAUCCCAUUGCAUUAUUUUGAUUAUGUAGAUUACAGAUAAUGAGGGUUUUGCAAAUCAGGAGGAAGCAUAUUUUGAUGUACCUUCAAAUCUUUUCCCAUCUCUCCAAAUGUGAAGAAUCAAGAGGUGCCGUUUAGUCACACCUGGAGAGCUCCAUCGUGUAAGUUUUUAAUCAGAAGUGUUUGGCGUCAUCCAAAGAUGUUAACCUCCCCACCCCACGCUCUUAUUUUUCCUCGAGAAUCAAGAUGAAGGAGGAAGAAAAGGCCGUUAUUUUUAUUUAUUUUUGUGAAGAGGUCAAUUCCUCUUUCUUAGCAUGUGUUUCCAUGGUGAUGGUUCCCAGGACUGUUUUGGUGCUGUUUCAAGUUUGGAGCCUGGAGUAAUCAGGAUGGGGUUUUGUUAGCGUCCGUAAAUCCCAGCCGUCAAUCAUAAACCACCAACAAGAGCAUCUGCAGCGUUUUGUCAGAACGGUCUUGCCUUGAAUUAAUCAGAGGUUUCAGGGGGGAUCUCUGAUAUGACGUGACGUUAUGCCGGUACAGAAUCAAUAAACACAAGUAGGGUGUGGAAACAGACUUGUUGAUCCAACCGUUUUAGCUUUAAGACUGUUGCUGAGCUUCCAAAUAAGAGCUCCUCAGCCAUUUUUGACUCAAAAUCAAGCCACAAAAAAAGAAAAAAAAAUUUAAUUUGAACACAAAAGGUUUCAUAGAGAAGAGCUACACCUGACACAGUAUAUAGUGAGAUUUUAGUAUUUUUUUCAGCUCAUUUACAAAUAACUGCACACACCUCUUCUCCAUUCUGAAGUGUUUUUUUAACAGAUGUUUAGAAAAUGGAGGAAUGUGAUUCUUUCUGCCCUUUUUGUACAGAUUUCAAGCACAUCACUCUAUUUAUAGGAAACAUGUUGGAAGUGUGGGGCAGUUUGUUUCAGCCCUGCUGAAGGUCAUUUUUAAUUUUCUUUUUGGUCUGCAAAGGAAAGGUUUAACCGGCCUUAUAGUCAACAGCAAAAUCAAACCAAGAACAUUUUAAAUGCAAUUACUGAUCUGAUUUAUGGUAUUUAUUACUGUGUUUGUGUAUUUAUUGUUUACCUUUUGUUUUCCUCUUUGUAUUUAUUUGGUAAUUUAAGUAUGCUAUCUAUAUACUGUAAGUAUUUAUUUAACGAUGCUCUGUAUGUCUGUGUGAAACUAAAGACUUUUUUCUGAUGGGGACUUUUAGCUGUAGAAUCCCAUCAUAAUACCAAAGAUUAACAUUUCCUCCCUGAAUGUAUGACCUGAAUCUCUAAACCCAGUACCUGAUCCCAAUCCUGAUCCGAACCAUCAUGUGACGUUCUAUCUUUCUAUCCUAAGGCCUGGUCUUUUUUGCUUUUCUUUUUUGUUGUUCUUUUUGUAGGAAAAUUGGGAAUUCUUUACUCUUGCAAGGGUCUCUGCUGUCAUCUCUUAAAGCCAAGGCCAAAGCUUGUUUGAAUGUUGUGAUUAUAUUUAGAAUUAAUUAUACUAAAGAUAAUGAUGAUGUGGCAUCCCAUGGGUUUGUAAUGGUUAUAUUCAGACCAAUGCCAGGUGGAGGAUGAAGCAUCUCGGGACCCACUUAAGGCGCCGUCUGAGGUGAAAGUGGAAGUCCACCUUGGUCACAUGCAGACAUGCCUGCUGCUGCCGGGCUCAACAUGCAUGGCCGUGACUGUCUUCUCCCCUUCACCCUAACUCCUCCACGGUGCAGUGCAGGCACUCCUGUCUACGUCCAACUCAGUGUAAUGUCACCAUCCCACACAAGCCAAGCCCUUCUGACAGUUAUCUCAGUUCCAACUAGGCAUGGGCUGUCGCGGCAUAAUGACGUAACGGUAUUACAGCAUUCUCUCAAAAAUUUAAAACCGAAAUGUAAAACAUGAUCUUUUUGCUUUUAUUUAAAACAGAAAAGCAAUUAUUCCUGAUGGAUAUUAACUGUUCCAGGUAUAAUGCAAUUCAUAACAAUUAUUUUUAGUAGUUUUGAUUUUGAUACAAAGAUAUAAGGAAUGAUAUAGUAACACUUUGAGUAUAACAAACUCAUAUUAGCUGGUUAAUUAGACAGGCUAUGGACUCGGGCAGAGCCUGCAGAGGUGGGCAAUAUAUAUCGCCGACGAUAGUAUCGUAAACUUUGCUUUGACGAUGUGCAGUUUUACAUUAUCGAGUAUUUAUACUGUCUCGAAAAGACAACAAAUGGAGGGUGCAUACAUGAUAAAGGAGAGGUGCAUGAAAAUUCUCAUUGAAAGAAUGUGUGCCUCAGAAGCCAAUUAGCAGACAAGAUUCAGUCUCGUGACUCGAGUUGGCGGCAACUAGGCCAAUCAGCAAACAGAAUUCAGUCUCGUGACUCACAGCAACUAAACGAGAACAAUCUUCUCACUUGGAGGAAAUAUGCAGCAAUAUUCUGUCUCAGCAGAUGAUUUAAUAGCAAGACGUGAGUCCACGUCCCUAGCCUGGAAAUGGUCCGUUUUUGACAAGACUGAAGUCGGUCAAAAUAGCGUUAUAUGCAAGAUAUGCCGAAAAGUGGUCACCGUGAAGAACAGUUCAACAACAAAUCUGUUCCACCACUUGCAAGCAAACCAUACAAAAGAGUAUGAGGAUUAUGUAAAACUUCGUGACUCUACGAGCAUUACUACAGCCAAAGAAAAGACAAGUAAUUCAGCACAACACACUCAGCAAAUAUAAAUAUGGCCAUUAUUGGGCAAUGGUUUGCAGAAGGCCAUAAUAUGUUUGUGUGCAUGUUUUGCAAAAGAUGUAUGAAGCACUUAAAAAAAUAAACAUGAGCUAUUGUUCGUGUUCAUCCAUAGAUGUCCUGGUAGGCAAGUAGGGUUUGACAGCAAUUUUUGUAAAAAAAAAAGAAAGAAAGAAAGAAAGAAAGAAAAAGGAUAUUGUCAGAUUUUCGUUAUUGGAAAAUAAAAAAAAGAUUAUCGAGAUAUUUUUUUUUGUCCAAAUUGCUUAAUAAGGUUAACUGAUGGAGCUCCUUCAGUUUACACGCUGUGACUGUCCGUUGUUUCUUGCGACUGAAAAUAUUUCCAAACAGCUGUUCACAACAACAGGUGGGGGAGGGGCAGUGCUGUGUUACUGUAUUGUCCCUAUUGUUUGAGAAAACUUUGGUUAAUCCAUUAAAUUCUGAGUCAUCUCAUUGAAAAGGAUUUUGUAGUGUAGAAAUCAUAUGAUGGAAAAUUUUAACAGUAAUGAAAACAUAACCUUUGUACACUCUGACACCGGUCACCAGCGCAUGCCUAAUUCCAAGAGGGUUUUUUAGUUUUUUAGGGUUUACUACUGCUCCUUUAUGGGUACUUGUUGAUUUUAGAAUAUGUUCCUCAUUUUUUGGAUUGCUCUGUUGUUUCUGUAUCUCAAAAAUCAGGUUAUAAAGGUCUGAGGCACCAUUUUUGCGCCUUAGCGUCUUAGAAUUUCCUGAUCUUCUGAAUAUCUUUGGUUUUUAACUGGGGCCCCAGAUUCCUAGCCCCUUCAGACUUAUUGGACUUAUUGUAUCUAGAUUUUGUUGCAAGUGCUUCUCAAACUAAUGAUGAACUUAAAGGAUAUUUUCCAAUCAUCUGGAAUUUCAUCAACCUCUGAGGUUCCCUGAUCAGCUUGCACAGCACAACUGUUUAGAUUUCCCAGUGUUUUGUUUAUUUGGAUGAUUAAAUCAGGAAAGUCACCAAAGACCCAUGCUCUGACCCCCUGCGGAAAUGCUUCCAACUAUCAGCGAGGCUGACACGGCCUUUUUCCACCUUGAACCCGCUCUCAUUUUCUCUCUCUUUCUCUGUCUUUAACACUAGAAAGGGGGCGGAUCGGUGUAGCCCCCUUCACAGCAUGCACUUGAAAGACGAGCGGUCAUGAAAGAGGCCAUCGACUUUUUCGUGGACUUCAAAGCAAAGGCUUUUUUUUAUCCCAUCUCCUCUCUGGGUUUCUGGACUGAGGUCUGCUGUUGGCCAGACCUGUGGGCUUUAGGGGGGCAUUCAGAAAGGGGUGGAGGGAGUGGGUGAGACAUCAGAGAGGAGGCUGAAUCAUCCAGGAUGAGGAUGGUAGUGAGUGUGUGUGUGUGUAUGUUUAGAAAAACUAGGAUGGAGGGGGGAGUUGUUUGAGGAGCAGGAGGUGUUGGAGUACUGGGGCAUGGAGCUGAAUUAAACUUUAAUGAGUGACAAUUGUAAGCAUGCUGAGAGCUAAAGGGGGGGAAGUGGUGGGGGUGAGUGGUCAAGUCAGAAUUGGGGUGAAAAAAAUUAAAAAUGAAAGAGCUUGAAGGCUUUUCUGCCGACCUCUGCUCGCCACUGUCAUCAUAUCAAAGCUGAGGUGACACCUUUCAGGUUUCUCUUUGUAUCGCUGACUGGGAGACAAAAAUGGAGACAGAGCUGUUUGUAUUGAGCCCCCUUCUGUUCCGUGUCAUGCAGAAAGACUCUUCCUUCUCCUCUGUGUGCAGAGAGGCAGGCAGGAGGGAGAGCUGCAUGUUGCAGGUGAUUCCUACACCUUUUUAACCUGCGGCACCACCUAGUGUCAUCUCCAGAAAGACACCUCCAGACAGGAACCUGAGAAGCAUUUGAUGGUGAAACCACAGAACUGAAAUCAGAUGCAUACUUUCAGAAUUUAAAUGAAAAAAACAAAAAGUAUGUUUUUUAUCAUGUUUAAACAAAAAGGAAACAACCAAAGAUGAAUAGGUAACUGUUGAAUAAUUUUAACAUUAGAGCUGACCGUAGCAUGUAGAGGAUUAAAAAAAACAGAAGAGGGUUCUUUCUGCUGCAGAAAACAGUUUUUUUGUAAAGCUGGAACUGAGAAACUGGCAAAGGCCUUGUCUUCAGAAGGAAGUCUUUUGGACUUUGGAAUCCCUGUUGUCUGUCUGUCCUUGCCUUCCCACCCUGUGUGUACACAAAGACUUUACCCAUCUACCUCAACUGUGUGAGUUGUUGCGUGGCAAAGAUAUUCCUUAACCAAAGAAUCCAUCCUGUCAGGGUGUCUGUCUGUCUGUCUGUCUGUCUAUCUAUCUUGUCUGUCCAUCCGUCUCUUCUUCAUGACUAUAUGCUCCAAACCAAAUGUGCUGGAAUCAAUCCGAGACAGGAGCCUGUACAAGGCUCCUAUCCAGCCAAAGCUGAACGCCAGUAUGCUAGAGUCCCAUUGAUCCAUGUUCUGUAUAUAUAUAUGAAAUCAUUCUUAAGACCAAAAAAGAAGGAGGUGACAAUCUAAGCAAGGAGGUUCUUGCUGUAAUCAACGUUGCCUAUUCCUUGUUUUCCAUAAACUAGAACUAUCCCCCGAGAAUCAGCCCUUCAAUCCGAAAUAAAAAGGAAAGGUCAAAGGAGACAGAAGCUAUUUUUCCACAUUUGUAAGCCACCCCUUCCCUCCCCCUGUUAUUUCCAAAUGUUUAGUGUAGUUGAAAUACUGUUCGAUCCCACUGUUGUAAGUAGGAAUUAAUAAAAUCCAUACACAAAGCUUUAACCGAGGACAGGCUGAGGGGAAAUGUUGGAGCUACCUCAGCUUGAACUCAUCGACCCACCAUGCUUUACUGUGCCAUUCUUGUCCAUGUGUUAGACUUAACUAAUGAAUGUGGCUAACCAACCAAAGGCUUAAAAAAGAUACACAACACUUUAAACAUCAAUCAUGGUGGGACAUUUUGUAUCAACAACUAAAGAAAAAUCCCUUUGAAUACCUCAUGUGAAAAUUGUUUGUUGUGAUGUUGCACUAAAAAAUAAAAAUGAUUCAUUUGUAACCCAA